GAAACAUUUUGGCAAUCAAGAUUCUACAGCGGAGGUUGCUACGCGACAACGCCUUGUCGUCCUACCUCAUCUGUCUGGCCGUGAUGAAUAUCUGCUGUCUGGUGAUUGAGAUGAGCCGCUUUUUCCUCAUGGGUCUACUCGACUACAACUACCGCGAGGUCAGCUAUGAAGUUUGCCU